AUGGAGGUCGAAACCCCAAUCCCUUCAACGGAAUCGCAUCUUGACGAUGGACCUUCGCGAAGGAUUCCUACAUCCCCGCGCGGCGAUCGAAAUGGAAGAAGUCCACCGCGACGAGAGGGAUCCGCCCCACGUGGCAGAGGUGGUGUCGCAAAAGUUAGGACUGAGGAGGAAAAGCAGGCUGCCGCAAAGGCAGAAUAUGAGAAGCUUCUGACCAUGCGAUCGGGCGGAACAUACAUACCUCCAGCUCGAUUACGAGCUCUCCAAUCUCAAAUUACGGAUAAAUCCAGCAAGGAGUAUCAGCGCAUGGCUUGGGAGGCUUUGAAAAAGUCUAUCAACGGUCUCAUCAACAAGGUCAACGUUUCGAACAUCAAACAUAUUGUACCGGAACUUUUUGGAGAAAAUCUGGUCAGAGGACGAGGUUUAUUCUGCAGAAGCAUUAUGAAAGCGCAAGCUGCCAGUUUGCCCUUCACACCAAUUUACGCUGCCAUGGCAGCUAUCGUCAAUACCAAACUCCCUCAGGUUGGAGAACUCCUUCUCAAAAGACUGAUUGUUCAGUUCAAGAAGGGCUUCAAGAGAAAUGAUAAGGCUGUAUGUCUGUCAUCUACAACUUUUAUCGCACAUCUCUGCAAUCAACAAGUCGCAAAUGAAAUUGUGGCCGCUCAGAUUCUACUCCUCCUUCUACACAACCCCACAGAUGAUAGUGUAGAGAUUGCUGUCGGAUUGACAAGAGAAGUUGGGCAGCAUCUCGAGGAAAUGAAUCGCCCAAUUGCAUUGGCAGUGUUUGACCAAUUUCGAAACAUUUUACAUGAGGCCGAUAUCGACAAAAGAGUGCAGUACAUGAUUGAGGUGCUUUUUCAGGUUCGCAAGGAUCAGUACAAGGACAACCCGGCUAUCAAAGAGGAACUUGAUCUCGUAGAAGAAGAGGAUCAAAUCACUCAUACGACGGAGCUGGAUGAUCAAAUCGAGGUUCAAGAUACUUUGAAUAUCUUCAAAUUUGAUCCGGAAUGGGAGGAGCACGAGGAAGCAUAUCGCUCUCUGAAAGCAGAAAUUUUGGGCGAGGGCAGUGAUGAUGAUGACGACGACGAUGAUGAGACUGACGACAGCGAGGAUGAUGAGGAGAAGCAAGGAGAAAAGCAGCUGGAAAUCAAGGAUCAGAGCAAUACCGAUUUAGUCAAUCUUCGACGUACCAUAUAUUUGACCAUCAUGUCAAGUAUCGACCCCGAAGAAUGUUGUCACAAAUUGAUGAAAGUCAACCUUCCUCCUGGACAAGAACCCGAACUCCCAUCGAUGAUCAUCGAAUGUUGUUCUCAAGAAAAGACAUACUCGAAAUUUUAUGGUCUUAUUGGAGAACGUUUCGCAAAGAUCGAUCGCCUCUGGACCGAACAAUUUGAACAAUCUUUUAUGAAAUACUAUGACACCAUUCAUCGAUACGAAACAAACAGAUUAAGAAACAUUGCUAGAUUCUUUGGUCACCUGAUCAGUUCGGACGCCAUUGGCUGGCAUGUACUGUCAGUGGUACAUUUGAAUGAGGAGGAGACAACAUCGAGUAGCAGAAUUUUCAUCAAAAUUCUUUUCCAGGACUUGUCCGAGGCCAUGGGAAUGCCUAAAUUGCAAGCACGUCUAAAGGAUGAUGUCCUUCGCCCAUAUUUUGAAGGACUCUUUCCUAGGGACAACCCUCGCAACACAAGAUUUUCCAUCAAUUACUUUACCAGUAUUGGUAUGGGUGCAUUGACUGAAGAAUCGCGAGAAUACCUGCAGAAUCUGCCUAAGCCUGCCUUACCUGCACCUCCUGCUGCGGACGAGGAGUCGGAUUCAGGUAGCUCUGUAUCAAGCUAUUCAUCAUACACUGGAUCUUCGUACUCUGGUUCUCGCUCACGUUCACGCUCUCGAUCACGUUCCCGUGGUGGUGACCGAAGACGUUCCGUCGAUAGUAGAAGGCGCUCGGUUUCCCGAACACCUCCCAGAACCGUCAAACGUGGAGGGUCACCCCGACGCCGAAGCGCGACAAGAUCCGUGUCCAGGUCUGUUUCUCGAUCCCCCUCCAGAUCUGUUACUCCACCAAAGCGCCGAACUUCUCCUCGUCGUGAGCGACGCUAUUCUAGCGAUUCGAGGUCAAGGUCAAGGUCCAGAUCUAUCACACCUCCACCACGAAGAACCACGCGGAGAGAUAGCUAUUCUGCCACGCCUCCCGUUAAAAGAGGUAGAUCUCUGAGCAAGAGUCGCUCCAGGUCCCCACCUCGGAGACGAAGAAAUACUUCUUCUGUUAGCGACGCGCGACGAAGUAUUUCGCGAUCCCCAUCUCCGCCACCUCGAAGAGCAGCUAGACGAGAUAGUUGCUCAGCAUCUCCUCCCAGAAGAGGCCGUGAUUAUUCUCCGCCUAGACGGGGUCGUCGUGACAGCAGAUCAAUCUCACCACCACCCUCUAAGAGAAGAAGGGACUAUAGUGACUCGAGAUCUCUGCCACCUAAACGUGGAAGAAGAUGAUUUUGAGAUUCGUGAAAAGGGAUUGGGAAAUGGCUUUGGAGAACUGAGUAAUGGGUCAUAA